UGUUUGUGAAAAGUAUAUAAAAUAACGUGUUGAUUCUUAUGUGCUAAAUAGUGAGCAAUAUAUAGCUAUCUCUUUCGUUUUUAUGUGCCUAUAUCAAGUGGAUUUUCUGCUUUUUAAUUGUCAAGUAGAAAAGAGAUUUGCCAUAAAGUAUUUUUGACCUUAAGAAUUCUAUAUUAUUUGUUGCAGUUUGUUAUAUAGAAUAUAAAAUACAGAUUAAUUGCCUUGCUUGUUUAUGUGCUGUGCUGAAAAGACCUAAAAGCGAUUAAAGAGAAAGGUGUAGAAAAAAUUCGAAAUAAAUUUUAGUUUAUUUUUAUUUUGAAUUAAAAGUGUCGGGGAGAGUAAAAAAAACCAGCUAGCAGUAAACGUACAACGCAGCUAAAAUGUUCUGGGACAAGGGUUAUACGCCUUCGCAAAAUAUAGAGUUACUUCUGGAAAAGGAGAAUGCUACAGUGGAGGAAUUUCUUGAUGAUGAAGACAUCCUACAGGAAUGCAGAACCCAGAAGAAAGGAAUUAUUAACUACUUUACCCGUUUUGAUGUCAUAAAACGAUUAAUUGAGUUAAUAACUACAGAACCUUCAGAUGAAUUGCCAAUGGUUCUCAAAUAUAGGCAUGCAAAUAUGGCUUGUGAGAUUUUGACACUUGGUAUACCGUCCUUAGAUGAAAAGCUAUUGUCAGAUGCUGACACUUUAAAAAUCUUAUACUCUUAUCUGGAAAAAGAACCACCGUUAAAUUCCUUGCUGUCAUCGUUUUUUAGCAAGACAUUUUGCAUGCUCUUUACUAAAAAGGCUGAACAAGAUUGGUUUUUGUAUCAACAAAUGUGCCUACAAUUUUUGGAAUAUCUUAAGUCACAAAAUAAUUUUUUGGAUUUAAUUUGUAAACAUUUCACAACACCCGUCAUACCCGAUUUAAUAUUGCAAAUGAUGAGAGACGUUGAGGGUGGACAACUAAAACGAAACUUAUAUGAAUGGCUUACUGAAGAUAAGCUCGUCGAAAGACUGAUUGCAAUACUUGGUAAUCCUGCAGAAGUUGAAAAGCAUUAUUUCGUAGCUGAUUUUCUCUGUGAUCUAAUACAACAAGGGCGCACAAUGCGUCAAACAGAAUCUGAAAAUGAUUCAUUUGAACCAGCGUUUAGUGGUUCAAAUCCAAUUUUAAAAACAAUAGAAAGUGUAUCUACAGUUACAGCCUUAUUAAAUGUGAUUUUGGAAGCAAAUGCGCUAGAAAGCACAAUCGUAUCAGGAAUAACAGUUGUACUUACACUUAUUAAACCCACUGCUUUUCUUGAUGAACCAAAUUCUGACCGCAUAAAAAUCCUACAUACUCAGGAGAAGGAUAUACAUGACCAAAUAAUUACGACUGUUGUAAGUGUGAUUGCACCCCGCCUUAACGAUUUUAGUACAAUAUUACGAAAUCCGCCAAAAAGACCUGAUAUCGUAACCACAGCAGGUGCAUUAAAACCACCAUUUGGAAAUACUCGAUUGCAGAUUUGCACCCUUUUUACUUUGUUAUUGCAAACAAAAAAUGAAGAUAUUACAAAGGCCAUCUGUGAGACAGACUAUUUUGAGACACUGCUUGAUCUGUUUAAGCAAUAUUGUUGGAAUAACUUUUUGCAUGGCGAAGUCGAAAAAUGUAUUCAAUUAAUAUUUUAUACAAAUCAAGCAUCAAACACAAAUAACUCGACCCAAGCGAGUACAGUAGCUAAUGAUGGUUCAUUUAGUAAAAAUGGUAACAACGGUGAAGGUUCAUCGUUUUUUGAUUUCGUAUUUAAGACUAGUGAUGAUAUUGGUGAUACUAAAAAUAAGGAAGCUGUUGUCGUAAACGAUAUAGCAGACAAAGAAGUGGGCGCAUGUGGUGAUACUAAUAUGGAGACCGAAAGUGAUAAAGAAGAAACCAAAAUUGAAGAAAAACCUAGUGAAGAGAAUAAAGACAUUGAAAUUGAAAACAAUGAUCUUGAACUUCAGCCAAAUGAAACUAACGAUUCACAAGAGAGUGAAAUCAACGAAAAUGACACUACGAAAAUAUCACUUGACAGUGGUCCGUCCGCAUUGCAACUACAUGUUAUUCAUAACUGUAAAAUAGUAUCUAGAUUAAUAGAUUGUUGGGAACAUAAUCGAACUAUGGAAGCUUCUGAAACACGUCGUCGCCUUGGCUACAUGGGCCAUUUAAUAAAAAUAUUUAAACAUAUUUCUUGUUAUAUAACAGAGUAUGAAUAUAUUGGUGCCUUAAUUGAGAGUAAUUUGAAUGGUGCAUCUGAAGUAGAAUCGUGGAAAACAAUUAUGUAUCCAGACGGUGAUCUCUCAAAAGCCUUAGCCACACAAAGUAAAAUGUUGGCCAAUUGCAUUGCCCAAGAAUCAGGCGACUAUAGCCAGCACCUGCCUAAAGACUUCCUUAAUGAUACCAGCACUUGGGACUUCUUAAUGUCAUCAGGUGUUCUAAACAAUUUGGAUUCCUUUACUGAUAACAGCACAACUGAUAUUAUAUUUGCUCUUGAAAAUGAUAUGUAUCGCAACGAUCCAAUUGAUAAUGAUGAUAACGUCGAAAGCGAUAUUUUGUUUCAGUUUGGUCGUAACAUUGAUGAUAAUGAUGAUGAAAAAAAUGAUGGAAACGAAGAUGGUCAUCCAUUGUUCAGUAGCAAAACAUCAACAUCAUUGCAUGCAAGACCACUGUCGUAUUCAUACAAAAACUCAAUAACUAAUCCAUGGGAUAAAAUAGAUCCUUUCACUGAUUUGUCUGGAACAAAUAGUUGUGCACCCUGGAAUGCUGAUUUCAGUUCAGAUAACUUUGCAGAUUUCGAUGCACAUUUUAGCUCCUUCGCCAGCGAUUUGGGUGACAGUUUAAUAGCUGCAUCUAAGGAGAGUACCACUAAUAUUGAACAACAUAAGAAUGAGAUUAAUGAGCAAUUUACCAGUGAUAAAACUGAAAAUAAAAAUAUUGAAGAAUAUGACAAUAAUGCUAAUGUAGAGAAAUCCAUUUCAUUAACAUCACUUGCUGCAUUCAAUAAGUUUGAAAAGGAUGACAAUAUAAAAAAUGAUAUGACCGCUAUAGUGCAAUCGUUGAACUCGGUAUUGCAGGGUUCUGAAGAUGAUUAUGAGGAUGAUGAGGGUAUGUGGACUAAGCCAUUAGGUGGCAGCGCAAUCGAUGAUGAUGUAAACGAAAAAGAUUCAGAGGGAAUUACAGCAAAUGGACCAAACAUUGGGCAGUUGAGUGCAAAUGAGAACUCUGAUAAAUUGUGUAACUCAAUCAUCAAUAGCACACCAGCUACUGCAGUUGUAGAAAAGUCAAAUUUAAAUGAAUUAAAUACUGAGGAUGAUAAAGGAAUGGAAAUUGAUAUUGAAAUAGACGGAAGAAAAGAGAACGUAACAGUAACAACAAAUAAAGAAAUACUAUCAAAUGUUUUAAAUACUGAAAAAGUUACUGAGACAAAUAUAACCAUACCAAAUGCAAUUGGGUCGACAUCAACGACUUCAUAAAUGUGCUGGAACACAUAUACACAUCAACACCAACACCAACAUCAACACGAAUACAUAUACAUAUGAAAAAAGCGCAUCUUAUAUAAAAUAACACGAUUAAUUGCUUUUUCGUUUUGUAUAAACUAUUUUUUUUAUACAUAAGAAGGUAUUCAGAGUAUAUAGACCAUGGUCUAUAUAUUGUCGAACACAAAAGCAAUGUGAUUGUGUUAAUGCAAAUCUUGUACUCAUUUUUGUUUUGAUUAUAGUUUAAAAGUAUAUUUAUUAAAAGUAAUUAUGAAUGGCAUUAAUAUAAAAAUAGUUAUUAAAUAUUUUUAUAUAUACCUAAGUAAAGUAAAGUACAUACCUACGUAUUCAAAAGGCUAGUACAACAAACAAAUUGUGUAUUAAUGCCCGCCCAAAGGAAGAGAUAUCCUCGCUCGCUCGUAUUUGCCAAUAAAUUUUUAUUUUAAUUUUUUGUUAUAUUAUUUUUUUCUUAUAUAAUUAUUAAUGAAUAUU